CCGGGUUUCCUGGGCGCCGGGCUGGCCAGGCUGGUCCUGCGGCCGCGGCUGAGUCUCCGCCGCUAGCGCUGCCCACCGCGGCUCCGGCGGCUCUAGGCGCAGUUCCCCGGCCCGCGAGGCUCGCGGCCCCCCGGCUCGAGCGCCUCCCGCCGCAGCGCAGCUCCCCCGCCGGCCGGGCUCCUGCGCGGCGCGGCUCAUGCCCCCGGGCGCGGGGCGCACAGGCCGGCCGGCCGCCACUGGGAAAUAGGCCCCCGGGGGCGGCGGCGGCGGGGCCAUGGCGCGGAGACCCCGGGCGCCGGCCGCCUCCGGGGAGGAGUUCUCCUUCGUCAGCCCGCUGGUGAAAUACCUGCUCUUCUUCUUCAACAUGCUCUUCUGGGUGAUUUCCAUGGUGAUGGUGGCUGUGGGUGUCUACGCUCGACUGAUGAAGCAUGCAGAAGCAGCCCUAGCCUGCCUGGCGGUGGACCCUGCCAUCCUGCUGGUCGUGGUGGGUGUCCUCAUGUUCCUGCUCACCUUCUGUGGCUGCAUUGGGUCCCUCCGUGAGAAUAUCUGCCUCCUGCAGACGUUCUCCCUCUGCCUCACCGCCGUGUUCCUGCUGCAGCUGGCCGCUGGGAUCCUGGGCUUCGUCUUCUCAGACAAGGCUCGAGGGAAAGUGAGUGAGAUCAUCAACAAUGCCAUUGUGCACUACCGAGAUGACUUGGAUCUGCAGAACCUCAUUGAUUUCGGCCAGAAAAAGUUUAGCUGCUGUGGAGGGAUUUCCUACAAGGACUGGUCCCAGAACAUGUAUUUCAACUGCUCGGAAGACAACCCCAGUCGAGAGCGCUGCUCUGUGCCUUACUCCUGUUGCUUGCCUACCCCUGACCAGGCAGUGAUCAACACUAUGUGUGGCCAAGGUAUGCAGGCCUUUGACUACUUGGAAGCUAGCAAAGUCAUCUACACCAAUGGCUGUAUUGACAAGUUGGUCAACUGGAUACACAGCAACUUAUUCUUACUUGGUGGUGUGGCUCUAGGCCUGGCCAUCCCCCAGCUGGUGGGAAUUCUGCUGUCCCAGAUCCUAGUGAAUCAGAUCAAAGAUCAGAUCAAGCUACAGCUCUACAACCAGCAGCACCGGGCUGACCCAUGGUACUGAGAAUCCAUCCUGCACCUCCUCACCAUGGCAACUGGCAAGCCUCAUCAACCAACAGCAGCGGGUGCUGAGAACAGCACCAAAUGGAGAUUUGGAUUUCAGCCCCCCAGUGACAGCCCAGUGGGAAGAAGCAAACUCCAGAUGGGCAGAAGGCAGGGUGCACAGGUGGCUCCGGUCUCAGGAGGAUGCACCCCCUCUCCCCCAUCCCAGCCCUCAGCAUUGUGCGAGAGUGAUACCCUUAAGUGUUUGGGUUUAUGUUUUUAGUUUUGUUUGGGAAACAGCAGUUGCACAGAGAGUUACGGUGUAGUGCUGCUGCCGUUUCACCGAGGCACUGCCACCACCAGCUCUAUCAGGGAUGCUCCUGAGCUUGGCGGACAUACUUAGAUCCUAACGUGCCAGUGAGACCUGGCUGUGGAGAGUAGCACUGGCAGCCCUGCCUGGAGUCCAGUUGGCAUGAUACCAGCUCCAGAAGGGAAGAGAGUGGAGCAGACAGUGAGGAGCGAGCCUGGGGGUCGGCUGGGGACAGCCGUAUGUGCUAGCUGGGAGUGGAGGGGGAUAUGUUUACCAAAUGCCUGCCCUGCCAUCCUCCCAGGUAGUCAGAGUGAGCUAUAUCCUGCCCCGCCUUCAUUUCCAUGGAAACAUGGCAGCUAGGGCACGGGGUACAGCAGCAGCCAAAUUCUUCCCCACCUCCCCUGCUUUGAAAAAAAGUUUGGAACCCUGGUCCCUAUACUCUGCAGUCAGAAGUGGGACUGAGCCAUACAUGCCCUUGAAUUCCUCCCUGUCUGGCCAGCAAGUGGGGUUUUCUUUAACUUGGCAGUGUGCAGAGGAGAAGUGGUAACACCCCCACCCCAUUCCCCUGCAUCGGAGCUCAGUAUUCCUGCAGGGUAAGAGGUAGGAAUCUUGCUGGUACGAGCGGAGCCAGAAGUGGCAAUAAAAAACGUGUUGACCUGGGCUACGCUGGACUCCAUGAAUUUUCCAUUCUGGCAACUGGAAGGGGAGGAGUAGAAGGGCCCUGCAGAGGACGGCACUGGAGACUCCUAAACGCCACACACCUCCCCCUUGCUGCCCCCGACACGCGCGUCUCCUUCAACCGAUGCAUUGCCACCCUCCCACAGCCUCGCCCUCAGCUCUAAAUUAGGUCGAAAGAGUCCCAGUUCCGAUCUAGGAACAGCAUAAUUUUCUUCCAAAACCUGAUGUGUUUUUUUCUAAUUAAAAUUGAUUAAAAUUAA